AACGUCUGUGGUCAAAUCCACAAUCUGCAAACUUUAAACACACCCUAAUAAAAAACCCUCUCAGCGACACCCCGAUGGAUUUGGGAUGAGCUCCCCCUCCCCGCUCACCUGCAGGACAAGUGUGGGCGAUGGUCCCUUGGCAUUGGCCACAGGGGACACUGGAACCUCCUGUUCCUCCUGUUCCUGCUCCUGCUCCUCCUUUUCCUCUGUCCCUCCUCCUCCUCCUAAUCCCACCUCCUCCCCAGUUCCUGCCUUCUGUGUAUUUAAGGUUGGAGAACCUUGCUUGAUUUUAGAACUAGAACAAAGAUCCCAGAUGGAACAAGGCUUGCUGCUUUCAGUCAGAAGUAUCAGUGACUAAAGGUCACGUUUCCUUUGGUUUGGUGCUGUCCUUGUUCCUCCUCAGUGUUCAGGCUGGGCUAUGGGGUGUCCUUGUGUGCUGCAUUUUCCGAGUUCCUCUGGCAUCCUUUGGGCAAUAGGCUGUGCCCUGGGAGGGUUCUUUGUGCUCCUCUGUGACACAGGAGAACCCUCCAGGCGGUUUCUGCGUGAGCUGCUGCUGUGGUGUCACAGGAGCAGUGCCACGUCCCCGUGGUGUUCCCGUUGCUGUGGGACACGGAGGCCUCAGUGCCCAGAGUGGCUCUGGGCUCGCUGCCGCUGCCGGAGGAUCCUCCUGCCCGAGGCAUUCUCAGCAGCCAGCCCAGCCCUGACGGGUGUCCUUCUGUGCUCGCAGGGCUACAGGCUGCAGACGUGUGCAGCGCAGCCAAAAUGAUCCAGCACGUGGCUGCUGCAGUUUGCACUCUGUACUCUGUGGCUUAUUCGGGGUAUUUUUUAACCCACUUGGCACGUAAGUCGAGGCUUUCCCUCGGUGCAGCAUCUGUGGCUUUGGGCUUGCUGUGUGCUUUGUGUUCUUCCUCUGGAGCUGAGCUGACUUUGGAACCAAAUUGCCAUGAAGACACCAUUGCUUUGGGAGAGCUGCUGCCAGCAGCUGCAGCUGAAAAAGGGGGUGUCUGCAGCCAGGGGGGCAUGCACAGCAUUUGCAAUGAGCCCUGGGGGGUUCUGUUCCCUCAGGCAGGGAGUCUGUGCCAGCAGAGCCUGGAACUCCCUCCGUUUGCUGCUCCAGCCAAGAACUGACCCAGCCCAGUAUUUUGUGCUGUUCUCUUGCUGUGGGAAGGGACUGUGGCUCCUGCAGGGAUGCUGUGAGAGCAAAAUGCUCUCUUGGGGUUGCCUUGCUCUGUGGCAUUUCCCACCACUGGCAGUUUUUCUCCUAACAGCAUCUGGUUCAUGUUCCCUCUCCCAUUUCAGGGCACUUCUUCUGUGGAUCCCGAGCAGCUCCUCCUUCGGUGAGUGGGAAAGGAACCCUUGGUGUUUGGAAUUGUGCAGCAAGUUGUGAGCUCGGCAUGUGGCAGCUGAGUGCCAGCCUGGGAGGCUGAAGGAAAGUUCCUGUCAGUGUCUCAGCAGCAGCAGCAGCAAAGGGAUCCCUGGCAGUUUUCUCUUUUCUGCUGAAGAGCUUUGAAGAGCUGCAGGUCUGGCUUUGCAGGCAGAGGAUUGCUGGCUGGCUUUAGCCAUGGUGGAAUAUCGAAUUCCCAGCAAUAAGUGGCAAUGUCGACUUUAACCCAUUGUUAGCUGGAACAUCUCCAAACCCAAUUUCUGCUUAGAGCAGCUGGAUGUGCAGCUGAGGAUAAAUAGGGUGAGAACUGAGAUAGAACUUUCUGUCCCUCACGCUGCCGUCUGUCCACAGGGCACAAAAGCAGCACCAGCACCUCCUGUGGCUCCCUCUGCUUCCAAAGAGGAGGCCAAAGAAGAGGAAGACAGCAGUGAGCUUCCCACUGUUCUGGGGGACGAUGCUGAGCUUCCCUCAGUGCCAGGAGAUGACAGUGAGCUUCCCUCAGUGCCAGGAGAUGUCAGUGAGCUUCCCUCAGUGCCAGGAGAUGACAGUGAGCUUCCUGAUGUUCUGGGGACGAGGGCGAACAUCCCGUGGUGUGGGAAUGCAACGGCGAGGCUCCCACACAGGGGGACAAGGACAGUGGACAUCUCCUGGUGUGGGAGGAGGACGGUGGAUGUCCCCUGGUGUGGGACCAAAAUGACCAAGCUCCCACAGUGUGGGAUGAGGACAUAGGACAUCUCCCAGCAUGGGACGAGGACGGUGGAUGUCCCCUGGUGUGGGACGAGGACGGCCAAGCUCCCAAGGCAUGGGAUGAGGACGUCGGAGAUCUCCCGGUGUGGAAUGAGGAUGGAGGACAUCCUGUGUCUUGGGAAGAGAAGGAUGAACAUCUCCCAGCAUGGGAAGUGGACAGUCAACCUCCCCUGGCUUGGAAAGAUGAUGGAGAACCUGCAGCAUUUUGGGAAGAGGAUGGAGAAGCUGCAGAAUUUUGGGAAGAGGAUGGAGAACCUCCCUCUGCUUGGGAAGAGGACACUGAACCUCCCUCCACUGCAGGAUCCUCGUCUGAGCAUUCUGACAGCAGCACAGCCCUGCAGCCAGAGGGGAGAGGGGAGUGGUGCCUGAUGCAGCUGAGUACGUCUGCUCUGUCCCUGGGUGCCCGAGCAGGGCGCUGGGUGUGUGUCUCAGCAUCAGCUGCACCCAGGGUUGCUCUGCAGCUGAAUGUCACCGAGCCAUUUGUUGUCCUUCCCCAGCUGAGACCAAGGGGCUCACGGCCCCAGGGAGUGGGGCUGCGUUCUGGCUCUGCUGCAGGGUGGGGUCUCACUCUGGGAGGGAGCGUCUUCCACGUGGUUUCUUUCAGGGAACACCGUGAGCGAGGCGGAGCCUGCCGAGAAAUACCUGGAGCUGGAGCAGAUUGGCCAAGGGUGGCCAUAAAGAAAAUGAGUCUCAGAGGGCAGAACAGGGAACGAGCUGUGAAUGAGAUCCUGCUCCUGAAGGACAAGAAGAACCCCAACAUUGUCAGCUCUUUGGACAGCUUCCUUGUUGAUGGAGAUCUCUGGCUGGUGAUGGAGUACAUGGAUGGAGGAACUUUGCAGGACGUUGUCAGACAGACACGCAUGGCUGAAGGAGAGAUGGCAGCUGUCAGUCGGGAGUGUCUGCAGGGCCUGGAUUUCCUCCAUUCCAAGCGGGUGAUGCACAGGGAUCUGAAGAGCUCCAACAUCCUCCUGGGAAUGGACGGCUCUGUCAGGCUGGCUGAUUUUGGCCUCUGCGCUCAGCUCAGCCCUGAGCGGGACCGGCGCAGCUCCAUGGUGGGCACUGCUCACUGGAUGGCCCCAGAAGUUGUGACCAGAUCUCCUUAUGGCCCCAAGGUGGACAUCUGGGCCUUUGGCAUUGUGACCAUCGAGAUGGUGGAAGGAGAACCUCCUUACUUCAGGGAAACGGGGGCCAUGGCUCGCGCUCUGAUCCGGCAGAACGGGACCCCGCAGCUGCAGGAGCCCCGGCGCCUGUCGGCUCUGCUGCGGGACUUCCUCGAGUGCAGCCUGGAGCCGGACGAGGAGCGGCGCUGGGCUGCCCAGGAGCUGCUGCAGCACCCAUUUUUGUCAUCAGCCAAGCCUCUCUCCAGCCUGACCCCUCUGAUCACGGCAGCGAAGCAACUGAGGGAGCAGCGGAGGAGAUGAAGCACUUGAGGACAGCUUUUAGUUACAGUAGUUAGGAGAACUAGUUAGUUAUGUUAGUUAGCACUGAUAGUUAGGUAUGGUAGUUAGUACUGCUAGUUGGUUAGGGUAGUUAGCACAGUCUGUUUGUUAUGGUUCUUGUUUGUUAUGGCAGUGUUUGGAAUAAAAACUCUCCUAAACCUCAACUCCCUUGACGUGUCCCUUCCUUCUCCCGCUGUGCCUCAGCUGCCCGGAGCCAUGUGAGGGGAGAGCGGGCCCAGCCUGGCCCAGAGCUGAGCCCCAGCAGAGCCCUGGCAGAGCCCAGAGCAGCCUCGGCACCUGCAGAGUCAGCCUGGAAGGAGGCGCUUGGAGCCUUCUGGGCUGCACCCGGCUCUGGGUUACAAACUGUGUGUGCUGGAAAAUGCCACCGGCUCUGCAGGAGGGCAGAAGGGGCCCGGGGAAGGCCCAAGUGCUCCAUGCAAGGGAAAAACCUGCCCUGGCUUUAGUAUAAAUAACUAGGCCGUGUUGGCUUCUGCUAUUAUGUAUUGACUUCUGCACAUUAUUGUUAAUCACAGAGAGUUUGAUAUAGUACAGUUUGUAAUCACCUUUCACUGCUUUUGCUACAGUAUAAUUUGUUCAGCUUCUUGUGGCCAAUGCCCUGGCCCCUGUGCAGCUCCUAUCCUCAGAACAUCAUUUAUGGAUGAUAUUUUAGUUUGUGGACAGUGUGAAAAACAUACAUUACAGUUUUGCCUUUCACAAACUAUUAAAGUGGAUGCCAUGUGUUGUUCAUUAUAAUGUUAACUUUUGCAGAAGUAGCUGUAGUUGUGAAAUAAUAACUAAUAUUUUUAUGUUUGUAAAUAACUGACAAUAAUGAGAACGACUCAGAUAUUUGUGAAAUAGCUAAUGCUGGUUUAAAGUACUUGUGGAAAUAGCUAAAACUGUCUGCAUGGUCAGAUAACAUUGAAGGAAGGGAUGUGAUGAGGGCCCCUGCCACUGACCCUUCCCCUGUCAGUAACUGUCCCCUGCUGAAACCACAGAACAGGGGGCCCUUGUGAGGAAGUGACACACAACCCUCAAAACAGCAACCCACAAUUCCUGCACGUACUCUAAAAAGGCAGGUUGGGGUCAAACCAACCCAAAGAAUUCCUGGAACAUGUAAACGAGUUCAAAGAAAUGUUUGAAUGUGUAUAAUUUGAACAAUACAAUGGAAAAACUAGACAAGAAGAGUUGCUGUGGUUAACCAUUGUGCCUCUGGCCAUGGCCAAGCACCCAGUGCUGUUACUGAUUUGUCUCUAAUUAUCCCUUAAUAAACUUUUAACAAUUCUAAAGAGUGAGGCUCCUUUCUCACAAAACCCAAGGUGCUCACCCCUUGUUCUUCCCCCAAGCCAGGAUUUGUCAAUCCUAAACUUUGUCUGUGUGGAAGAGAAGGAGGCUAUGAAGAAAAGGAAGAUGCACUGGUGUGGAGGCCCAGGAGCUUAACUCUCACUUAUCUGCUUCCUUGCUGCACCUGUUGUUGUGCACAUGUGCAAUGUGUUAUACAGAUUGGUUUAUCAAAGGGUGUUUUCUUAAUUGGCCAUUAUCUUAAUUGGUGAUGGAGUUUGGAUUGGUUGACCAAUUGGAUCUGUCUGUAUUGGGCUGUCUGUGAGGGGGUGAGUUUCUUAAUUAGUAUAGAACAAUACAGUAUGGUAGGAUAAGGUGAUUGAUCAGCCUCCUGCAAUCAUAGAGUCAAUGCUAAUUAAUGCCACGACAGCCCUUGGCCCCCAUCACUCAGAGCCUGAGCUGCUUGAGGUUUGUUCUGCUGGCAGCUGGGGGACUGAUGAUUUUUCUUUCAGCACUGGACAGUCCUUGUUCCAGUGCCCCCAUUUCUUACAGGAUGCACUCUGCUCCUUCUCCACAGGGGAAGCUUUCUUGGGUGACUUUUCCUGAGUUGCCUUCUUGCUGGGUUGGAAUGAACUCAUUCAGUUGGGCCCCUGUCUCAAAACAC